AAAAAACAAAAAAAAAGAAGUCAAUCUGGUGGGUUAAUAUAAUUCAAGUCACCGUCCAUUAUGGCCAUCCCGGAGAGAUCGCACGCCGCCGCCGCCGCUCGUCGGUUAAUAAUUCUAGGCAUGGCAUGGCUCUCCUGUAUGGCCUGGUGCAGCUCCGCCGUUGCACCUAACUUUUUUGGUGACUUCUCCGACGGUCGUGGUCGUUCCCUCGCUGCGGCUGCACCGGCUACUCCGGCUAAGGCUGGGGCCGCUCAGGCUGGGAUUGCUCCUGAAGCCGCUAAGGUUGGGGCCGCUCCUGAAGCCGCUCCCGCUGGGGCCGCUCCUGAAGCCGCUAAGGAUGGGGCCGCUAAGGCUGGAGCGGCUCCUGCAGCCGCUCCUGCUGGGGCCGCUCCUGCCGGUGCCGCCUCGGGCGGGAAGGUUAUCGAUGUUAAAGCCCAUGGCGCCGUACCGGAUGGCAAGAAAGUUAGCACACAGGCAUUCAUGAACGCGUGGGUUGAAGCAUGUCGUUCAACUGGACCAACAAAACUGCUUUUCUCGGCAGGGACGUUUCUUAUCGGACCAGUGGUAUUUGCCGGGCCAUGCACCGCGUCACCCAUGACUGUCGAGAUUCAGGGAACUGUCAAAGCUACCACAGAUCUUUCUGAAUAUUCUGGUCCGGAUUGGAUUCUGUUCGAAUCUGUGAACGAUCUGACGAUCACCGGGAGUGGAACCUUCGACGGGCAAGGUCAGGAAGUAUGGAAGUUCAACGAUUGUAGUCAAAAUCCCCGUUGUGUACUUCUGGCGCACACAAUCAAGUUAAACAAGGUGAAAAAAGGGUUGGUAGAGCACGUUUCUUCAGUGAACGCCAAAGCCUUCCAUUUCUUCUUGUGUAGGAGAUUGGACCACAAGUGCAUAUGUGCCUCAAUUGACACCAACAAAGCCAAUGUCAGAAAAAGAACAAGCAAGCUGUGUUGCGAUGAACUUACACAGACAACAAAUAGAGCUUCCACGGAGCAAGACAAUGAGGAUCAUAAUUCUCACCAACUUAGUGUUGACGAUAUCUUUUCAACUCCGGUCAACAUUCAUAAAGCUGGUAUUGAGGAAGGAUCCUCAAUUCCUAUCAAUGCUGCUAAAACAAAAAAUGGUCAUGCACCUACCAUUGAGGAAGGACAAUCAAAUCCAAGUGGCAAUACAACCCAUGAUGAUAUUGACCAUAUAGAAAUCGAUGGAGAAAAACACUCUCAAAUGGAAAUCAGCUCUACCUCCAGCGACCAUACCGAGAGAUAUGAAGGAGAUGAAAAUCAUCCAACAUCAAUGCUAGUGCCCUCUUCUUGUGAAGCAGAAGUUGUGAUAGCAGCAGAAUAUUUCAUCUCAAACCCUUAA